AGAAGGGAAAAAAAGAAGAAAGCGAGCACACGAUUUGGGAGCAAAAACCACGUUACAAAUCACAAAACCUCCGCCCUCGGCUCUCCAGACGGCUCCAUUUCUUCCUCCUCUUCUGCUCGGCGGCAGCUCCCGGACCGAGACAUGAGCCCCUUCGCGGCCAUGGCGGCUAAUCUGCAGGUCUCCCCUCACCUCUACGCUCUCCCCAGCUCUUCCCAUUCGAGCCGCGCCGGCAGCGGCGGCGGCGGCGGCCGGGGCUCCGUGCCCCCGCCGAGGAACAAGCAACUCCUCUCGCGGACUCUCUUAUGUCAGAGGAGGCCGGAUGAGGCGGCGCGUCUCCGUCGCUAUCGAACUGCGCCUCAAGCGGCGGAAUCGGAAUGUUUCGCGAGCAUUUCUUCCUCAAGAAGUAGUAAGGAAACGACUUCGGUUGGUGUUCCUCCACAGCCGCCGGUGCCUCCUCCUCCAUCUUCUUUCGGAUCACCUCUCUUUUGGAUUGGGGUUGGUGUUGGAGUCUCCGCACUAUUUUCAUGGGUGGCAAAUUACCUAAAGAAAUAUGCUAUGCAACAAGCUUUUAAGGCUAUGAUGGGUCAGAUGAAUUCUCAAAACAACCAGUUUGCCGGUUCUCCCUUUUCUUCUGCCUCUCCUUCUCCAUUUCCGAUGGGUUCAGCACCACGACCCACUCCCUCUCCAAUGGCUACUUCUCAACCAUCUACAGUUGAUAUAUCUGCAACAAAAGUAGAAGCUGUGAAAGCAGAAACAGCUCCAGUUGCAGAUGUCAAAGAUGAGAUAAAGAAGGAGGAAGAACUGAAGAGAUAUGCUUUUGUGGACAUUUCUCCAGAAGAAACAAAGGAAAAGAGUCCUUUUGAAAGCUUCAAGGAUGUAACAGAAACAACUUCAUCUGAAGCUACUCAGUUUGUUGGCAAUGCCCCUCAAAAUGGAUCUGCUUCUAAGUCAGUGGAUAGUUCUUCUGAGGCAUCCGAAUCAACUGGAAAAGGAAACCCUGUUUUGUCUGUGGAUGCACUAGAGAAAAUGAUGGAAGAUCCAACUGUGCAGAAGAUGGUUUUCCCGCAUCUACCUGAGGAGAUGAGGAACCCUGAAACCUUCAAAUGGAUGCUACAAAAUCCACAAUAUCGUCAACAGUUGGAAGAAAUGCUAAAUAAUAUGGGUGGAAGCAGUGAGUGGGAUGGCAGAAUGAUGGACUCUUUGAAAAAUUUUGAUCUUAGUAGUCCCGAGGUUAAGCAGCAAUUUGAUCAAAUUGGCCUUACACCUGAAGAGGUCAUUUCGAAGAUAAUGGCCAAUCCUGAAGUUGCAAUGGCUUUUCAAAACCCCAGAGUGCAGCAGGCAAUCAUGGAUUGUUCUCAAAACCCACUAAGCAUUGCCAAAUAUCAAAACGACAAGGAGGUGAUGGACGUUUUCAAUAAAAUAUCAGAACUUUUCCCUGGUGUGACUGGUCCUUGAUCCAUAUGUUCUUCCUUAUUACCAUUACUUUCCAUCCACCUGAUGAUUACGCCGAGAGAAGCUUGCAUCAGAUCUACAAAAAUCUGGUUUCUCAACAUUGAGCCUGCUUUGGAUGAAUCCUGCUGUAGGUUCUACCAACGUAGCAUAUUCGUGUUCGCAGCAAGUUUCCUUCUGCUUACAAUGGCUGAGUAUGUACCUUUUUCCUCUUUGAAAUCAGUCCGAAAGUUUUGUAAUUUUGUAGUAAUUGUUCUAGUGCAGAAUGGCUCCUGGACGAGUUAAAUUUGUUUGUGUUACUACUGAAGACGAUGUAACUUUGCAAAGUUGUACAUAGUACAUCUUGGAGCUCUC